AUGUAGGUCUGUCUAAUUUAGCUUUAAGAUUAACAUAGUGCACAAAUUUAAAAUAUUUAAAUUUGUCUAUUAGCAAUAAUAAUAUCAAUGGAGCUAAAGCUUUAGAUUUUCUUAAUUCAAUAAGCUUGUGUUUAAAUUUAGUUUAUUUAGAGCUUAAUUUUGAAUAAAAUAAGUUAGGAAUUUAAGGAGCUCAAUAAUUAGGAACAAGUAUAACUAAAUGCUAAAGCCUUGAGACCAUAAAAAUUGAACUAUUAUACAAUGUAAUUAGUGAUAAAGGAUUAUUUGGAUUAACAAACGGAUUGA